CGACUAGUGAACAAGGGGUCCAGAUACCUACACGUAACAGACAGGUGACGUGACGAUAUCGGCGUGGCAUCGAGAUUUGUUUAUAUAAUCUCAUUAGUAAGAGGUCCAGCUAGUUAUCGGCCAUACACUACUCGUUCCUGAGAUAAAAUAAACUCAACCGGCCGCUAUCGCGUAAAAUAAAUUGAAGGAGUUAUGUUUAUCUUGAAUUGUAAUCAGCACACAUCGCCCCAGAUUUUGGCUGCAGAGUGUGCCGGAGGGAAGGUCUUAGAAGUUUUCAGGAAGAUAGAAACAUGUCUUCUUUCGCACCGACUGCCACAGAUGGUUCUAGCGGGGAUGGUGCUAACUACCGGGAAUUUGAUGACCCAAAUGCAGAAUUCUUCAAAGGUAUUGGUAAGAUCCCCUUGAAGAAGGAUGGCGGCGCCGGUGAAACAAUGGUUUUCAGAACCUAUGAACCAAACAAGCAAGUGAUGGGAAAGCCCAUGAAAGACUGGCUCCGAUUUUCUGUGUGUUUCUGGCACACCUUUCGUGGAACAGGAGCGGACCCCUUUGGUUUCCCGACCUUGAUUCGUCCUUGGGAUGACGGUAGUAAUUCCAUGGCCAACGCCAAGAGGCGUUUGAGGGCAGGAUUCGAGUUUUUUUCAAAACUCGGUGUGCCGUACUGGACAUUCCAUGACAGAGACAUAGCGCCAGAGGGGUCUACCUUGACGGAAACCAACAAGAAUUUGGACGAGAUCGUUGGUCUUGCUCAGGAGUUGCAGAACAAAACAGGGGUUAAGCUGUUAUGGGCAACAUGCAACUUAUUCGCUCAUCAAAGAUACAUGAAUGGAGCAGGAAGCAACCCCGAUGCACACAUAUUUGCAAUGGCAGCAGCACAGGUCAAGAAAGGUCUGGAAGUGGCCAAAAAAUUGGGUGCAGAGAAUUUCGUGUUUUGGGGCGGACGGGAGGGAUACCACACCAUCCUCAAUACUAACGUUCGCAAGGAACUCGACAACUUAGCAACAUUCUUCCGAAUGGCAGCUGAUUACAAGAAAAAAAUCGGGUUUACAGGAAACUUGCUGAUUGAACCCAAACCUAAAGAACCAGCUAAACAUCAAUACGACUAUGAUGCCAUGACGGUCAUUGGCUUCCUUAAGCAUUAUGGACUUGACAAAGACUAUAAGCUUAACAUCGAGCCCAAUCACACCACUCUGGCGGGCCAUGGUUACGAACACGACAUAGUCAUGUCUUCCGCGUUUGGUAUGUUGGGAUCUAUCGACUCCAACACGGGUUCUCCGGAUUUGGGCUGGGACACAGAUCAGUUCCCCAUGGACAUUAAAAAUACUACUAUGGUUAUGAAGACGGUGUUAGAACAGGGUGGUAUCGCUCCCGGAGGACUGAACUUUGACUGCAAGGUCCGCAGGGAAUCCACCGAGCUCGGGGACAUGUUUAUCUCACACAUAGGUGCGAUGGAUUCCUUUGCUAGAGGAUUGUUGAAUGCUGAAAAGCUUCUGUCAGAGAAUGUUAUUGCGAAACAAGUGAAGGAGAGAUACAGCUCAUAUGAAUCUGGAAUUGGCAAAAAGAUUACGGAUGGCCAAACGUCGCUUGAAGAACUGGAGAAAUUUAUCCUCGAUAACGGAAAUCCCACCAAUGUUGCCUCGGGUCGCCAGGAGCAUUACGAAUCCAUGUUGAAUUACUACGUCUAACGCUGGGUAGUGUCAGAUUUGAAGGACUUCACUAUCUCAUUCAAGUGUAGCCAGUUUCAUCACAAAACGCGUCCGAUUGCUUGAGUAAACUGUACACGAUUCAGACGACAAAGAUCAGCUCUGAUUGGGCUGUUUCAGACGACAAAGAUCAGUUCUGAUUGGACCGUUUUCUUGAAUGUUGUACAUGUUGAAAAAUAUAUGAAAUUAGUUAUAGUUUA